AUGGAAAGUGCGACUAUCCACAAAACGAAUGUCCUGCUGGGUGUGACAGGCAGUGUGGCUGCAAUCAAAACUUUGGAACUGGUCGCCAAACUACAAGGUGCAGGCUAUUCUGUGCGCGUCAUGUGUACGGAGAACGCAUUGCAUUUUUUCGAUACCACCCAAUUGGAUGUGCCGUUGUUUCGUGAUGUGGACGAAUGGUCCAGCUGGACCAGGCGCGGUGACCCAGUGUUGCACAUUGAGGUCAGUGUGUGUGGAAUGACGUUGUUUGAAACGAUUGCUAUUCAAUUUGCUUAUCAUUCCAUUGAUCGGGCUCUUCGGGGAGCUUUUCUACUUGCAUUCAGCAGCGUUUUGUCUGACUGCGGUCAGUGA